AAAUUCUCUACGCAUACGCUCGUUUGGGAAACCAAAAUUCACACAACUUUCUGAAUUCAAAUCCCUUUUAAAGCUCACCAUUACUUCUCGUGAAGCUUUGAGCAAUCAGCAAUGGCUUCAUCUCCACCAUCGCCCAAAUUUGUAAGUCUCUCUCUCUCUCUCUUUCUCUAAAAAACAAGGGAUCCUCGUGAUGAAGAGCUCUUAUACUUCACGAGUUUCAUAUUUUACACUCAGAAUUUCAGAAAUGCUUCCUCAAUGGAAUCCUAGAUUUGAAUUCUCUUGGCUUCCUCCUUCAAAUAUCCAUCAAAUUUUGGUCCAAAAUCAUGAAUAUAACUUCAAAAAUCAGUGUCUUGUUGGCUGUAGAGAUUCAUGGAUUUCUACUCCCAAAUGGUUUUUUCCACCAUUUUCCUCUGUUUUCUUUUGCUUCAAGUUCAAGCAAACGCUUCCAAUCUCCAAACUUACAUGAUUCAACUCCAUCCACAAGGAUUAACCAGCUCUGUUUUCGAAUCUAAGCUUCAAUGGCAUCUUUCUUUUCUUGAACAAACGCUAUCUGUUGAAGAAGACUGUUCUUCUCGCUUGCUUUAUUCAUAUUCGAACGCCAUGGAAGGAUUUGCAGCUCAGUUAUCUGAAACUGAGCUGGAGUAUUUGAAGAAGUUGCCUGAUGUUGUGGCUGUAAGAGCUGAUAGAAAGUAUGAAAUUCAGACAACUUAUUCACAUAAGUUCUUGGGGCUUAGUGUUUGCACACAAGGUGUUUGUUAUAAGUCCUCAAUGGGCCAAGGGGCAAUCGUUGGGGUUCUUGACACGGGAGUUUGGCCUGAGAGUCCAAGCUUUGGUGAUUCCAAAAUGCCCCCAAUUCCACAAAAAUGGCGAGGGGGUUGCCAAGAAGGGCAAGAUUUUAAUUCCUCAAGUUGUAAUAGGAAACUCAUUGGUGCUAAGUUCUUCAUCAAAGGACAUCAUGUGGCUUCGUCGCCGCCUUCCGAUACCGUCCAGGAAUAUGUCUCCCCAAGAGACUCCCAUGGCCAUGGGACUCACACUUCUUCUACAGCUGCUGGAGCUUCGGUUGCCGGAGCGAGCGUAUUUGGUAAUGGAGCAGGUGUGGCGCAGGGGAUGGCCCCGGGCGCCCACAUUGCUGUGUACAAGGUUUGCUGGUUUAGUGGCUGCUAUAGCUCUGAUAUUGUAGCUGCCAUGGAUUCUGCAAUAAGAGAUGGUGUUGACAUUCUCUCCCUUUCGCUUGGUGGCUUCCCACUUCCGUUUUUCGACGACAGUAUCGCCAUUGGCAGUUUUCGAGCAAUGCAGCAUGGCAUCUCAGUCAUUUGUGCAGCAGGAAACAAUGGCCCAACUCAAAGCUCUGUCGCCAAUGUAGCUCCUUGGAUCACCACCAUUGGUGCAGGCACGCUCGAUCGAACAUUCCCAGCUAUAGUUCGACUAAGCAAUGGCGAAGCCAUUCCCGGCGAAUCAAUGUACCCUGGAAACAAGUUCAAUCAAGCUACCAAGGAGCUUGAGUUGGUUUACUUGACUGGAGGGCAAAUGGGAAGUGAACUUUGCUUAAAAGGGUCUCUUCCACGAGAACAAGUAGAAGGAAAAAUGGUGGUUUGUGACCGUGGCGUCAACGGCCGAUCCGAAAAGGGGCAGAUUGUGAAGGAAUCUGGAGGAGCUGCUAUGAUCCUUGCAAAUACAGAGAUAAAUCUAGAGGAAGACUUGGUUGAUGUUCAUGUUUUGCCAGCCACGUUGAUCGGAUUUGCGGAGGCGAAUCGGUUAAAAGCUUACAUUAACACAACAACCGAUCCAAAAGCCCGAAUCCAAUUUGGAGGAACUGUGAUAGGAAGAACAAGAGCUCCAUCUGUAGCUCAGUUUUCAUCAAGAGGACCAAGCCCCACAAAUCCUUCAACGCUCAAACCUGAUGUAAUUGCUCCUGGGGUCAACAUUAUAGCAGCUUGGCCUCAAAACCUUGCUCCAACUGGCCUUCUAGAAGAUUCUAGAAGGUCAAACUUCACUGUCAUGUCAGGAACAUCCAUGUCUUGUCCCCAUGUCAGUGGAAUUGCAGCUCUAAUCCAUUCAGCUCAUCCAAAAUGGACACCGGCAGCUAUCAAAUCAGCCAUCAUGACAACCGCCGAUGUUACCGAUCGUUUCGGGAAACCGAUUCUCGAUGGCAACAAACCAGCUAGUGUUUUUGCAAUGGGAGCUGGUCAUGUAAACCCAACAAGAGCCAUUGAUCCUGGCUUGGUCUAUGAUAUCAAGCCAUAUGAUUAUGUCAUUCAUCUUUGUGUUCUUGGCUACACUCAUUCAGAAAUCUUCAUCAUUACCCACAUGAAUGUGAGCUGCCACAAAGUUCUUCAGAUGAACAAAGGCUUCACAUUGAACUAUCCCUCCAUGUCUGUCGUUUUUAAGCACGGGACAACGAGUAAGAUGGUUUCGAGACGGUUGACGAAUGUCGGGAGCCCAAAUUCCGUCUAUGAAGUGGAAGUAACCGCGCCUGAAGGAGUGAGCGUUCGAGUUAAGCCUCGGCGCUUGGUGUUCAAACAUGUGAACGAAAGUUUGAGUUAUAAGGUAUGGUUUAUGUCUGAGAAGAGAAGAGAAGGAAGAAAGGUGAGCUCUACAGAAGGGCAUUUGACAUGGCUCCAUUCUGAGAACAGUAAAUACAGAGUGAGAAGCCCCAUUGUAGUGACUUGGAAGAACUAAAGGUAUGUUUUAUGACCCACAAAGAUACUGAUAUUGAGUCACAGUCGGGUUAGUUUAAUAAUUUUCACAAAUUUCUACUAUAGAUUUCUUCUUCCCU